AUGAUUGCUAAUGCAAAAUCAACAUAUAUUAAGGACGAAAUUGAAUCUAAUCUGAAUAAUCCAAGAAAAUUAUGGAAAACACUAAAACGUGUUGCACCUACCAAGCCCGCUUCAUCUAUGCCCUCUUUUAUACAAGUUGACGGCCAUCAAAUAUCUGAUCCUACGGCCAUAGCAAACGCGUUUAACGAAUAUUUUAUUGAAUCACAAACGUCUACAACUCCCAUCUCAUGUAUUGAUGAGAAUGGACAAGAUCUGAUUAAACAGCGCCUGCAAAACUUUGUUAAUGAUCGUAUUGAUGAGUCGACGCAAUUUCUCAUACCCGAAAUCAGUAGAAACCAAGUCGAACAGGACUUUGCGAAACUUGCUUCAAAUAAAGCUACUGGUAUUGAUGCAAUUGGCAUUAAGGUCUUAAAGAUGGCAUUACCAGCAAUUGUGCCAAGUUUAACGCAUAUUUAUAAUGCGAGUAUCACAACCGGAAUCUUUCCAGUAAAGUUUAAGCAGGCGAAAUUAUGUCCAAUUUACAAGAAAGAAAGUGUACAUGAAAGAAACAAUUAUAGACCGAUCUCUGUUCUUCCUAUUAUAUCCAAACCUUUAGAACGCCACGUUGCUACUUCCUAUCUUGAAUACCUUAAUUCUCAUGGUCUCCUUUAUCGCCACCAGUCUGCAUACCGACCAUAUCAUUCAUGCGAGACUGCUUUACUCAAUUUGACAGAUAAUUGGCUUAAUGCCAUGGAUAAGAGUAACCUGGUUGGAGUGAUUUUGCUUGAUCUUAGCAAAGCGUUUGAUCUCGUAGAUCAUGAUAUCCUGUUGUCCAAAAUAUCAGCCUACCAUGCUAGUGCUGUCUCUAUGAAAUGGUUUGAAUCAUAUCUAUCGGAACGCUCUCAAAUCUGUUCCGUUGCUGGGUCAUUAUCUGCACCACUUACUCCAUCUUGUGGUAUACCUCAGGGAUCAAUACUUGGCCCCGUUUUGUUCUCCCUAUAUAUGAAUGACCUACCCUUAAAUAUACCUGAAGCAAAUGUUGAUGUCUAUGCCGAUGAUACAACACUCUGGAAAUCUAAUGGUGACUGUAUUAAAAUUCAAAAUGAUCUUCAGAGUAGUCUUGACUGUGCAAAUGUCUGGUUUAAGCAAAAUCAUAUGAAACCUAAUAUUACGAAAACUAAACAUUUGCUCAUUGGCACUCAUCAGAAGUUGCGACACGCAAAUAUAUCUUCUUUGGAACUUAACCUAAAUGGAGUACCUAUUGAAGAAGUUAAAGACGAAAAACUCUUGGGUGUAAAAUUAGACAAAUAUCUUAGUUGGAAUGAUCAAGUUAACUGUUUAAUGAAAAAAUUGAACUCGCGAUUUUUCCUAUUGAAGAGAGCCAAAGGUUAUCUGUCUAUUUCUGGUAGAAAGAUGUUGUAUAAUGCAUUGAUUAAAUCAACACUGGAAUAUUGUUGCACAGUUUGGGGCAAUUGCUCAAACGAACAACUAUUAAGACUUUUAGGAUUACAAAAGCGUUGUGCCCGCUUAAUCCUUGAUGCGAAUCCAUCUGAUAAUUCAGUAGCAUUAUUUAAUACAUUAAAGUGGAUUCCCAUUGAUGACACUAUUCGUGUACAUAAAUUGUGCAUGAUGUAUAAAAUAAUCAAUAAAAUGUGUCCACAGUAUUUUGAUAACUAUGUAAGUUAUGUUAAGAAUUGGCAUGAAUAUUGUACUAGAGCAUCUUCUAAUAUGAAAUUAGUUGUACCGAAAUGCCAUACAAGAUCUGGACUUCGUUGUUUUCAUGCUAGUGCUGUUCGUCUCUGGAAUAAACUUAAUGUGGAUAGUAUGAAUAUUAGUGGGUUAG